CGGAGGGAGGGGCGUGGCCAUCCCUCUGCGCAGCCGCGUCCCCGCGCGAAUAGGCGCGGCGGCAGGUGCACAGCUUCCUGGGAGUGUUAGCCAAGCCAGAGAUCCAGAGAUUCCAGUUGAGAUCACGUUGGCAGCAGACCCUUAUUUUUUCCACACGAGGAGCAGUUCUCAUCCACAGCAGCGUUGACAGACCUGUGGCCUGGAAGAGGACUGAUGGCUUGGAGCCCAGGCUGGAGAGCAUUUGCACUGUUGGCCACGAACCGCUGGGGUGUCUUUCCGAAAGCUGCAGGACGCUGCAGUCCUCCCUUGUUUUCCUGGGGCCACUGCCCCUGGAGAGGAACUGAAAGCUUUCUGGACCCCGAGAUGAAAGCUUUUCUGGAAGCAAACACCGAAGUCACCAGAAGUGGCAGCCUCACCCCUGAAAUCCAGUUGCGGCUUUUGACCCCUAGAUGCAAGUUCUGGUGGGAAAGAGCUGACCGGUGGCCCCACGGUGAUCCUUACUGGGCAAUCUACUGGCCUGGAGGCCAAGCCCUGUCCAGGUACUUUUUGGAUAAUCCUGAUAUUGUCAGAGGAAAAUCUGUGUUAGAUCUUGGGAGCGGAUGCGGAGCGACAGCUAUCGCGGCUAAGAUGAGUGGGGCAUCAGAGAUCUUGGCCAAUGAUAUCGACCCCAUUGCAGGAAUGGCUAUCACACUAAAUUGUGAAUUGAACCAACUGAAUCCUUUUCCCAUUUUAACCAAAAACAUUCUGGAUUUGGAACAAGAUAGGUGGGACCUUGUUGUGCUUGGAGAUAUGUUUUAUGAUGAACGCCUUGCAGAUAGUCUUCAUCAAUGGCUGAAGAAUUGCUUUCGGGCUCACAGAACUCGAGUACUGAUUGGUGACCCUGGGCGACCCCAGUUCAGUGGACACAGCAUUCGGCAUCAACUGCACAAAGUAGUGGAAUAUUCACUUCCAGAAACGACGAGGCAGGAAAACAAUGGACUGACAACAAGCACUGUGUGGGAUUUUCAGCCUUGAGUUGUGCUUCUGAGUAUGGAUACAGCUUUGUUUGGAUAUAAAGCGAAAAGACUCUCCACUUUUAUAAAGAAUGCAAUUUCUGUUAAAUGUGUAUCUCAUUUCCAAAAUACGAAGGUUUAAAGUCUUUUCAGCCUUUGUCAUGUAACUAGUUGUAUUGAGCCAAACAUACAUACCUCUACUGGCAAUUUUUUCCCCUAGUUUUACUGCUAUGAGAAUAUAAUUUUAGAAGACAAUACUGAAUGGCAGCACCAUGUAAUUUAAGUUGUGGAAGGGAAUUAGAUUUUGUAGCAGCAUCUGUUUCUGUAGUUAUGAAUGAUUAUCUGAUGUACCUUUGGAUUAUACAAAAUAUAGAAGAAUCGUGUAUUAAAAAAAAUUUUUUUUUGUAAAGAUCAAAGAUGCAGUUAGUAUUGUACAGAGAAUGUGGGUUUUGGAGUCCGGCAACUCUGUCACUUUCUAGUUGGGAUUUUGGGCUAGUAAAGUUCUCUGAGCUUUAAUUUCCUCAUCCAUAAAAUAGUAAUAAAACUUAAUAAACCUCACCUCAAAGGGCUAUUAUAUUAUAAGUACCUAAUGUAGUAUUUAGUACAUCAUAGGGCCUCAACUGACAACCACGGAUAAAAAUAAAGAUUUAGAGUUCCCGACAUACUCUUGACUGUGGCAGCUUACAGAGCUCCUUCAUGGCCUCCUAGGGUUGGCUAGGAACUGAUUGGAUCCACUACAUGCUCCAGGUUGCCAGGAUCUUCUGUAUGAUGUAAAUGGAAAACAAUGUGAAGAAGAAUGUGUAUGCUAUACCACUAUUUAUGUAAAAAAUGGAUGUGUAUACCUGCAUAUGUACUGUGAAAAGUCAACAAGAUAGUCAUUUUAAAAUAUAGUCAGAGUGGCUACCGGAGAGAAACUGUCUUACCUGCCUUUGAACUGGGCCAAAACCUUUGGACUGAGCAAAACCGGAAUUGUUUUAAGCAACUGUUUGAGAAGUCAGCAGAAGGGACAUACUGAUCACAAAACUGAUAAUUAAGGGCUCUCUGAAGACAAGAUCAGCAUUUAAAGUAUAACUCAGAGUAGAAAGCUUGUUAAUACCCAUAGAAAAACUGUUUUUUCUUCUCUGCAGCUCACAUAUUGCCCCCUUCCUUUUCCUUAUUAAAACCCCUGCUUUCAUCCUACAACUGGGACCGCUGUUGGGGUUGCUAACUGAAUCUGUGCUCCCAAAUUGCAGUUCUUUAAUCCAAGUAAAUGUUUGUUUUACCUCUC